AUGGGUCAAACGUCUUACGAUCUGACGUCCUAUGGGUCUGACGUAAUACGGGUCAAACGUCUUACAGAUAUCGUUGAGUUUCCGGAAGUUCCUAGACUUUACGAAAAUUAUCACCAUCAGUGCGGAAUUCCUGUGCCCUGCAGCCGGGGAGCUCAGUGUCCAAAUGUACGCGAUUGGCGUGGAUUGGAACAUUACGCCCAGGAAGAAGCGUGCAGUUUAUUUGAAGCGCAAUCCGCCUUGGCGCAUAAAAAGUGUUAUCUGAUUGACGAAAAAGAGUAUGAUUUUGAUAUGUUCUUUACGCUGGAGAUGAAUGCAGAUGAGGAAGCUGGUGCGAUAAAUACUAUGACCACGGAAAUUCUGCUGAGGUAUUUGGCCAAUCAUGAUAAAUGUGCAGUGCGAAAACUUCUGGAAGGAAACUGUUACAAACAAAAUAACACUUUGGACCUGAAGGAAUGCCAGAGUGCGAAAACCUACAAAUGCAAAGCAGAUUAUCCAUAUCGAACCUACGAUGGUGUUUGUAACAACAUCCAACAUCCGACCUGGGGCAAAGCUGGCAACCCUCUGAAGCACGAAAUAGCUCCCUGUUUUGAUGACUUUGUGAACAAACCUCGCCGGAGUGUUUCCGGUCGCAGACUGCCUAACAAUCGCAUGGUUAUAGCCGAAAUCCAAAAGGCGAUGAACGAGAAACCUCCAGCAACUGACACCGCACCCGAUACAUUGAACAUGUUCAGUGUAUUCUUUAGCGAAUUCGUCAAUUCAGAUAUGGUGGGUCGAAUGAUGAAAAGAGCGCGAAAUUUCACCGAAGGCUUCCGAGGGUGCCGUUCCGAUGGCAGUGGAAUAAGUCGAUUCAUUUCGCCGAUGGUUGCUCCAUUGAAGGUUCCGGCGGAGGAUUCGCAUUAUGGCCCUCGAAAUGUGGAAUGCCUUAAUUUCAGCCCAAUCGAGAAUGCCAAUGACCAGUGCCAUUUGAAGUAUUCGACUAAGAGAAAUGGAGCAUCCAGCUAUCUAGACCUUUCGUCGGUUUAUGGUUCCGGAGAGUACGAUAGUGAGGGUAAAUUGGUUUUGGAGACCUGUGGAGCGGCUAAAUUUACGUCUCACAUGCGAGUGAUAACUGUGCAAUUUUUGAGUAUAGCUGCCCUGUUUUCAAGGUUCCAUAACUACUGUAUCGAUCACGCUAAAUCGUGUAGUACCGAUGAUGAUAGAUUCGUUGUAGAAAAAUGUAGAACACUAGUAAUCGGUGUUUACCAAAAAAUAAUCUACGAGGAGCUGAUUCCUAAACUGUUUGGACCGGAAUUCCACAAAAGAUGUGACUUCAAGUGUGAAUAUGAUCCUCAUUUGGAGUCCAGCGUUUCAACAGUUUAUGUGAAUGGACCCGGUCGAUUCCAGCACAUAUGGAUUCCGGAAAACCUGACGAUAGCUGAGGGUGAUUCCCAACCACUGUACUUGUUCUUUGAGAACUAUGAGAACUUCGAUUGUGUUAGCAUUCUUAAGGGAAUGUUCAAUGAUUCUAUCGUCGAAUCGGGGCUGGCGGAUUCGAUUACGAACACAUUUUACUCUAAAGAUGGUAAAGAUGGGCACUGUUUGCCGUGUUUGGAUCUGGAGCGCGGUCGAGAUGCCGGAUUGUGCCCAUUGCUGUCCUACAAACACUAUCUAGACUCUAUCAUUGGAAGAAACAACCAAAAAUGCUAUCGGUACUUCGAUGAUCUUACCGAUAUUUUCGAUCAAAAUAUUAUCAAGGUUUUCAAAAAACAUUACGAAUCACCGAUGGAUUUGGAUGUACUGUUUUCUAUUUUUGAAAACCGAACUCCGAGAGGAUCUAAUUUACCAACCAUGGUUGCGGCUUCAACUUGUCAGGCGUUUAAGCUGCUGAAGUGCAGUGAUCGUUUCUUCUACGAGUGGAAUCCGUUUUAUACAGAGGGAACCAAACAGCUAAUAUCAAUGAUCGACCUGAAAACUUUGUUGGCCCUGUUUGGCGAUAUGAAGGACAUCCCACUUCAUCCGUUUGGUACGCAAUCAGCAACUGUUGCGGCAUCGACGCUUCGUUUCAACAUAGAAAAAAAUACACAUUUGUUCUGUCAACUUUAA